CGGCGAACUACUUCCUAAGGAAAUAAUAGAAAGCGGGCUGUUAUUUCGGUCUGGUCAUGAGUACCUACGAACAACGCCGGACAAAUUAUAUAAUGGUCUUCAUUUACUCAUAGCUAUUGCUAUCAACGUAAGAUCGUACAUAUCAACAAAAGUCCCUAGCACAAACGAAUAUUGCACAGUAAUACCUAGAGCCUAAAAGCAACAUUGGAAACUAUGGAAGAGUAUGGGGUUCCUUCUCGUACUCUCGACUUCAGUUUCCAUGAAGAAGCAGGCACAGACGCAAACUUUCGCACAGAGAACGAUCCAAAUUAUCCAAAUGAGCAACGGCAAGAUGUGAUUUCUAGAGGAGGCCUUGUUUCUGCAAGCUGUUAUUUGAAAGACAUCAUUCAUGGAUACUUCUCAACCGACAAUGAUGACCUUUGUUCGAUAAUUGUCCCCCACUUUCGGUUUGAAUCAUGUGAAAACGGGCAUCGAAUCAAGAAGGUUGAAAUAGAGAUAACCUUUUCGCCCAAGGCUAAGGGAGACCCCACUCCUAUUGUUGAAGAAAUCUACCCAGACGGUUACUUUACUCUUGAUUAUAAGUCGCAGCAUGAGACAGUCGUUCAUGCAGGCGUUCUGCAGGUCAGCGAGCCAGUCACAGGCAUAUUAAAUGCGGAGCUCAAACGGGAGAAGACAGUGGAUAAGGAGGCGGUGGACAUGACGAAAGUUCAAGGCUUCAAGGAGAAAAGCCGAAAUUGGGGUAAACCUAAUAGAGUGCAAUGGAUUCUAAGAGAGAAUCAGACAGGAAAAACCGGUGUACCAACCUCCAUGCAGGCUGCCAUUCGGCUAAGGCGCGAAGAUAUGUCACACUUUCAAGCGCACUUCACCAUGAAAGUUACGCCAUCUUGGCUUACAUCCGUGCAAUCUUGUCUGAAAUCGGACCCCAAGGACGAUCCUGUCAACUUCGACCCGGCACAGAAUGCUAUUAAUGACUCACAAAACGAACACAACACAGAUGAGCUUGGGAUGGUAAGGUUGGAGGGCCUUUCGGAUGUCACAGUCACAACUAUCUUAUCAAAGACUACCAAGGACCGAGACCAGAAAUGGACAUGAGCCUGCCAGCCUGCUUCUAUGGUGUAACUUGAGGGAAUUUUGUGCAUUAUAUGUAAGAUAGAAUGACUUGAAUACUAUAGUUGAAGCUACCUACCUAC